AUUUAAAGGAAGUGGCUACUUGGUAAACCCACUUGUCUUUUGUCGGCCAAAGUGACCUGCACCAGAAACCAGAACUGUUUUCUCACUGGAAAAAGAUGAAACUCCUUCAACUCAUUAUUGGAGCUCUGGUGGUCUUUUACGCAUCAGCCCUUUUUUUUUCCAUUUUUGGAGAUGUCAUGAAGAUCGACACGACUGGAGCUUCUGAGCAAACAGCUCGCCAAGACAAACUGACUGUAAAGGGGGUCCAAGCUUCAUAUAAACUGGCUGAGCACGAUCUGAAGAGGAUGCAGAUGUACAAGACCAUCAUCAUGAAAGUUGGCAAAGCUAUGUUGAUGGACCCAGCUGUGAUCGCAGCUAUCAUAUCAAGAGAGUCGAGGGCUGGAGCAGCACUUGUUAAUGGCUGGGGAGACCAUGGCAAUGGCUUUGGACUCAUGCAGGUUGACAAACGUUACCACAAACUGAGAGGAGCCUGGAACAGUGAGGAGCACCUCAGACAAGGCACUGGGAUUCUGAUUGACUCUAUAAAACAGAUUCAGAAAAAAUUCCCUAACUGGUCCAAGGAGCAGCAAUUUAAAGGGGGAAUCUCAGCCUAUAACGCUGGAGUAAGAAACGUCCGAACCUAUGAGAGAAUGGACAUUGGGACCACAGGAAAUGAUUAUUCUAAUGAUGUCGUGGCCAGAGCCCAGUGGUUCAAACGCAACGGCUACUGAGCAACAUUCAUAUUUUCCACGAUGAACUGCAAACUGUUCAAUAAAUGCUUAUUUUGUAUUGAUAAAAUAAAAUAAAAAUAAUCCUUGUAUUGAUCGUUGAUGUUUUGUGUUGUUAUGUAGCUGUUUUACGACUCUGUAAUUGUUCUCAGGCAUCAAUCACGGUGCUGGUUGCAGAUAUUGAAAGCAUUAGCAUCAGUGGGGAGUAUUUUCACCUCACAUUCCUGAGCUCUGGUUACAAAUAAAAAACAAGUUUUACAUGUUC